GCCUCCAUCGUCCCCCUUUAUAUUCCCUACCUCCCAACACUAUCAUCAUCUUGUCGGCCCCUUUAUCCUCCUCUCUCCCUCUCCCUCCAUCUCUCUCCAACUUCACAGAUUUCUCAUUCCCACUCUGUUUUCAGUUUUCAUUCCCUUCGUGUUUGGAAAUCCAAGAUUUUCAUUUCCAUCUUCAUCUUCUUCUUCUUCUAUUAUAAUGAAACAACAAGAACUCAUCACCCUCCAAAGAAACAGCAGCGCCGCCAAAAGCACCAGAAGGAUCCUCCCCUCCAGCCACAGUCGCUCCUCGUCGUCUUUUCUACCCGAAACCGACGAAAUCUCGGAUAACCUCCUCGUCCCGAAACACUACUCUCCGGCCAAUUUAUCCGACCAACUCUCCAAACCCCAUUUCCCCAAAAGGAUCUCGUCCAUCCUCCGCUCGCUCCUCAACUUUCUCUCCUUCCCCACCAUUCUCCCCACCUGUAAAUGGCUAUCAAUCCCUUCCAAUCUGUCCCUCAACCCCUCCCUCGGCCGUAAAGUCACCGGAACUCUCUUCGGUCUCCGGCGAGGCCACGUCAGCUUCGCCGUUCAGCUCGACCCGCGCUCCGAACCGCUUCUACUCCUCGAGCUGGCCAUGUCGACCUCGUCGUUGGUCAAAGAGAUGUCAUCCGGUCUAGUCCGCAUCGCGCUCGAGUGCGAGAAGGGUGGACCGGCUCAACCCGGCCGGUCCAGGAAGCUAUUCCAGGAGCCGACGUGGACCAUGUACUGUAAUGGGAGGAAGUGCGGGUACGCGGUGUCGCGCGCGUGCGGGGAGUCCGACUGGCACGUGCUGGGGACGGUGCAGAGCGUGUCUGUCGGCGCCGGAGUGAUUCCGGUGGUGGAGGACGGGAAGAAGAUCGGCGGGUCGUCCGAGGGGGAGUUGCUGUAUAUGAGAGCGAGGUUCGAGCGAGUGGUGGGGAGCCGUGACUCAGAGGCCUUCUACAUGAUGAACCCGGACGGCAAUGGUGGGCCUGAGCUCAGUAUUUUUCUUCUGAGAAUAUGAAGAACAGAAGUUGAAAGAAAGCAAAAAGGGCAAAAAAAAAAAAAAAAA